UCUUAUUUGUAGUAAUUUAGAAUUUGAUUUGUGUUGUUAAUUUUGAAUUUUUGCUUAGCUACCUUCAUUGUAAGUCCCCAAUCAUGUCCCAAACGAAUUUUGAAGAAGAGGAAAGGCAACCUGUCGUUCCUAAUCUCCAAUUUCAAGCAUUGGUGGGGGAGAUGAGAAGAAUGAUGAGGGUUGAGUUAGAGCAAAUUCAUGAAAGAUUGGAGCGGGUAGAGGGAGGAAUCCAACAAAGAAAUCCACGAAAUGUUUCCAAUCAACAAAGGGAGAGAGUUCCACUGAGAGGAGAGAGGGAGGAGGAUGAAGAAUAUUAUGCGGCUGAAUUUGAUGAAGAGAAUAAUAGAGAUUUAUUUGUUGAGAGGAGGCGUUAUGGUGGACAAGCUAGAGACAUUAGGAAUAGAGACGAUAAUAGCUUGACAGGUAUUAAGAUGCGCAUUCCUUCUUUUCAAGGUAAAAACAAUCCUAAAGCCUAUCUUCAAUGGGAGAAGAAGAUGGAAUUAGUGUUUGACUGCCACAACUAUUCCAAAAUAAAGAAGGUGAAAUUGGCCGCCAUUGAAUUUAGUGAUUAUGCUAUUGUUUGGUGGGAUCAAUUAAUGUUGAGCAAGAGGAGAAAUCGAGAACGUCCCAUAGAAACAUGGGAAGAAAUAAAAGUUUUUAUGAGGAAGCGAUUUGUGCCAAGUCAUCACUAUCGAUAAUUGUAUCAGAAGUUACAAAGACUUAGGCAAGCCAAUCGAAGUGUGGAAGAUUACUAUCAGGAGAUGGAGAUUGCUAUGAUUCGGGCUAAUGUAGAAGAGGAUCGAGAAGCUACUAUGGCUAGAUUCCUAAAUGGUUUAAACCCAGAAAUCUAAGAUAGAGUGGAAAUGCAACAUUAUGUGGAGUUGGAGGACAUAUUACAUGUGGCCAUCAAGUUAGAGCAACAACUCAAGAGGAGGGGUGGCCCACGUUUUUCAACUAGUGUGGGUUCUUCAUGGAAGCCAAAUUUUCAGAAAAAAGAGGACAAACCAAUUGCAAAGUCCAAACCUGAGCCAAGACAAGAGACAAAUAACCAAGGAACUCAAGGGAAAAUUGACCCUUCCACAUCUAGAAAUCAAGACAUUAAAUGUUUUAAAUGUCAAGGCAGAGAGGUCAUAUAGCCAACAAAUGUCCUAACAAAAGAAUCAUGGUGAUAAGGGAUAAUGGAGAGAUUGAAACUGAUGAAGAAUUAGAAAUUGACUCUAUACCACCAAUAAAUGACAUUGAAUGUGAAGAAUAUGCGGUCACAGGAGAAUUGUUAGUCAUAAGAAGGGGUUUAAGUGUGCAGACCAAGGUUGAUGAAGAAAUUCAAAGAGAAAACAUUUUUCACGCUA